GUGCGCCUGCGCAGUGACGGGACGCGUGUGUGGUGGGUGUGUGUGCUGCAAUCAAAGAAAGGAUUCCAGAUUGCAAAGUGCCGUGCAGUUGAGAAUUAAUAAUUUUGGUGGAAAAUGUCCUGGCUGUUCCCCUGGAGAAGAGGGCAAUCCGCUCCACCACCGGAUUCCUCUGAAGAACCUCCUCAAUCAGACGGGGGUUCUGGGGGAAAUGGUGACGAUAAACCCAAGGACAAAUGGAGUAACUUCGAUCCGACUGGACUGGAGCGAGCUGCACGGGCGGCCCGAGAACUGGACAAGUCCACACAUGCAAAGGAGGCGCUGGAUUUGGCCCGUCUGCAAGAGCAGACAUUGCAGAUGGAGCACCAGGGCAAGCUGAAGGAAUAUGAGGCAGCUGUGGAGCAGCUGAAGUCGGAACAGAUUCGCGCCCAGGGGGAGGAGAGGAGGAAGACCGUCACGGAGGAGACCAAGCAGCAUCAGGCAAGGGCACAGUACCAAGAUAAACUAGCCAGACAGAGGUACGAUGACCAAUUAAGGCAACAGCAAGCCCUCAACGAGGAGAACCUGCGCAAGCAGGAAGAAUCCGUGCAGAAGCAGGAAGCCAUGCGGAAAGCAACGAUUGAGCACGAGAUGGAUUUGCGGCACAAGAACGAGCUGAUGCGCGUGGAGGCAGAGUACAAGGCCCGCGCCCGCGUGGAGCGGGAGAACGCGGACAUCAACCGCGAGCAGAUCCGCCUGAAAGCGGCAGAACACCGGCAGACAGUGCUGGAGUCCAUUCGGACUGCUGGCGCUGUGUUCGGGGAAGGCUUCCGAGCCUUCGUGUCAGACUGGGACAAAGUCACAGUGACGGCUGCAGGGCUGACCCUGCUGGCGGUGGGCGUGUAUUCAGCUCGGAACGCCACUGCUGUGGCGGGGCGCUAUAUCGAGGCCAGGCUGGGAAAGCCCUCGCUGGUCAGAGAGACGUCUAGGAUCACUGUGGGAGAGGCAAUCAAACACCCUAUAAAGGUGUCAAAGCGAGUGAUGAGCAAGCCACAGGACGCCCUGGAGGGAGUGGUGCUGAGUCCCCCUCUGGAGGAACGGGUCCGUGACAUCGCCAUCGCGACCCGGAACACGCGGAAGAACCGCGGCCUGUACCGCAACAUCCUCAUGUACGGUCCCCCCGGCACGGGCAAGACCCUCUUUGCCAAGAAGCUGGCCUCGCACUCUGGAAUGGAUUACGCCAUCAUGACCGGAGGGGACGUGGCCCCCAUGGGCCGGGACGGAGUGACGGCCAUGCACAAGGUCUUCGAUUGGGCCAACACCAGCCGCCGCGGAGUUCUGCUCUUCGUAGACGAAGCUGACGCCUUCCUGCGGAAACGAGCCACUGAGAAGAUUAGUGAAGACCUCAGAGCCACCCUGAAUGCAUUCCUCUACCGCACAGGAGAGCAGAGCAACAAGUUUAUGUUAGUGCUAGCCAGUAACCAGCCGGAGCAGUUUGACUGGGCUAUAAAUGACCGAAUUGAUGAGAUUGUCAACUUUGCUCUGCCGGGGCCAGAAGAACGGGACAGACUGGUGCGGCUGUACUUUGACCGCUAUGUGCUGGGUCCAGCCACCGGGGGGCGCCAGAGAAUGAAACUGGCCAAGUUUGACUACGGCGAGAAAUGUUCAGAGAUUGCCCAGCGGGCCGAAGGAAUGUCCGGCAGAGAAAUUUCCAAACUGGGCGUGGCCUGGCAGGCUGCGGCGUACUCCUCGGAGGACGGGGUGCUGACGGAGGCCAUGAUCGACGCGCGGGUGGCAGACGCCGUCCAGCAGCACCUCCAGAAGAUGGACUGGCUGCUGCGGGAGGGGGGGCCCGAGAGCGGGGGCAAGGUGGGCAUCACGCUGCCCAAGGAGGCCCCAGCGGAGGCGCCGAUGGGCUUCGCGCUGGCCCAGGGCGGGGCCGCGCUGGCCCAGGAGGCGAUCGGGAGCGAGGCGGCACUGCCUCAGGAGCUGGUGAUCCCCCUCGUCCAGGCCGCCAUUCCCCUCAUCAAGGAGGCGGAAGCUGAGGCGGCCCCUGUGGUAGCAGAAGCUGAGGCUGCCCCAGUUGUCAAGGAAGCUGAAGCAGCCCCUGUUGUUGCAGAGGCUGAAGCAGCACCUGUUGUAGCUGAGGCUGAAGCAGCCCCCGUUGUUGCAGAGGCUGAAGCAGCCCUCAUUAAGGAAGCUGAGGCGGCCCCUGUUGUUGCAGAGGCUGAAGCAGCCCCUGUUGUAGCUGAGGCUGAAGCAGCCCUCAUUAAGGAAGCUGAGGCGGCCCCUGUUGUUGCAGAAGCUGAAGCAGCCCCCGUUGUAGCUGAAGCUGAGGCAGCCCCCAUUGUAGCUGAAGCUGAGGCAGCCCCUGUUGUCGCUGAAGCUGAGGCAGCCCCUGUUGUAGCUGAAGCUGAGGCAGCCCCUGUUUUAGCGGAAGCUGAAGCAGCCCCUGUUUUAGCGGAAGCUGAGGAAGCCCUCGUUAAGGAAGCUGAGGCAGCCCCAGUUGUUGCAGAGGCUGAAGCAGCCCCCAUUGUUGCAGAGGCUGAAGCAGCCCCUGUUGUAGCUGAAGCUGAAGCAGCCCCCAUUGUUGCAGAAGCUGAGGCAGCCCCUAUUGUUGCAGAAGCUGAAGGAGCCCCAGUUGUAUCUGAAACUGAGGCAGCCCCUGUUGUAGCUGAAGCUGAAGCAGCCCCCAUUGUUGCAGAGGCUGAAGCAGCCCCAAUUGUUGCAGAAGCUGAAGGAGCCCCUGUUGUAUCUGAAGCUGAGGCAGCCCCUGUUGUAGCUGAAGCAGCCCCCAUUGUUGCAGAGGCUGAAGCAGCCCCAGUUGUAUCUGAAGCUGAGGCAGCCCCUGUUGUAUCUGAAGCUGAAGCAGCCCCAGUUGUAUCUGAAGCUGAAGCAGCCCCAGUUGUAUCAGAAGCUGAGGCAGCCCCUGUUGUAUCUGAAGCUGAAGGAGCCCCAGUUGUAGCUGAAGCUGAGGUUGAGGCUGCUCCAGUAGGCCCCGUUGCUGCAGAGGCUGAGGCAGCUGCCACUGUGAAGGAGGGCGAUGCAGAGGCUACUCCAGCUCAGGAGGGCGCCAGCGCGCCUGCAGAUCAGCCCGGCACAAAAGAUCCGGCUUCCUCUGAGUCUGAGUCUGAGUCAGAGUCCGAGUCUGAGUCAGAGCGCGCUGUCCCCCCCAAGGAGGGAAAACCAGAUGGCGGGAGCAAGGCUGCACUUAAGGAAGAAGACCCAAAAAAUCCAACAAAAGAAGGGAGUCCCCCUAAGGAUGGGACACCUGUUUAACAUGAGGGAAGGGAUACCGGUUUGGGCUAGGAUGUGGUGGGAUGGGUUUGGCUGGGCUGGUAAGGGAGAUGUAAUCUGUACCAUGGUGGUGGGUAAGAUGUGCGUUAUUGUGAUUAAAAUACAAUUGUUAUACAUUGUCUCACCCGAUUGUUUUUUUGAACCUAUUCAGGGGAGAAUAGUUCUUGAUUGGCCACUCUGGUGAGAAUUUGACGAUGUUCAGAAAAGAUGGAUGGGUGGAAGCGAAGGGAUUGUGUCGCAGGUUUGAUGAAGCGUCCAUUUAAGGCUUGACAUUUCAGUACCCUUGAUGACUCCCAAGAGACUGGAUUAAGAGUUUACAACCAUUUUUGUUGGCAGUUUGCUAUUAAAAAAAUGUGCUUUCUUCAUUGCUGAAACUUACUUUGAAACUUUUGUCACUAGAAAAAUGUCUAGUGUUACUCUCCCCUGCUGAAAACAGCACUGUUAUUUUGUAGUCAAUCUGAAUUGGAUGUUGGAGCAGCACUGACCUAUUACAUAUAUAUAUUACAUAUAUUGGAGUGAAACAAAUUUUUCGGGGAAUUUUUGAAGGAUGAGAGGUGUCUAAUUGACUGACGGGGGGAGAAUGACUGCCGCUGCUUGAAAGGAUAUUGAUUGGAGGGGGAGGGGUACAGAACAAAUAUACACACUUGAUUGACAUAAAUGUUUUCCAGGCAGUGGUUGGAAAAUACACAAGUAUUACAACUUUCUUAAUUUUAUGGAAUAUGAAGAAUUGGUUCCUACGGUUAUGAAUAAUUGAAUACAUAGAGGAAAAAGUGCAUUUUGAUUUCAGCUCGUCUUUGUAAUGUAGCCUAGAUAUGAAUGCUAACCUUGUGUCACCUAUAUAUAUGAGAGAGAGUAUAUGCUUGUCUAUGUCUUUGUCCAUUGUUUUUGUCUGAUUUUUCAGUUGGGUAAACAUGCAUCCAAACACUAGGGGUCACUGUGGUGCUUCAGUAGCACUUUUAUUUAAAACAGACAUUUCAUCUUCACAACAGCAAUGUCUGGAUGAGGAGGGGGAAGGGGGGUCAAAUUCCUCUCUUCUGGCAGGCUUGUGUGCACCUGCUGAGCAGGUUAUUUCAGGUCCUGGACACUGGAGGCAAGACAGGCCAAAUGUCCUUCCACCUCCGUCCUCUGCACUGUGACCGUUUCCUCUACGGACCCUCAGAAUAGCACAGAGGACCUUCAGUGCCAUCGUGCUUCUAACCCCCUCCCCCCUCAAGUAUUUACAGAUAAAAUUACUACAUUCAUCAUCAAAGUCACUAAGAAACAAAGCUAAUUAAUCUGUACUGCAAUCACGUCUAUUUUCACUUCUCGGAUCCAUUUCGUUUCAUUAAAAUGAAAAUGUUUGAAUA